AUGACAGAAGUGAAAGGAACUCCCAUCAUUAAAGGUUCACGAACAAUGCAAAUAACUGGCUUAUAUAAAGGAAGGGCAAUUAUUAUAAAAGACUCUUACAGUGUUAUAAAUAAGAAGCUUAAACUAUUUCCUGCUAUGUUUAACUUACAAACAGGACCGAAAGAAGUAUUUCCAUAUAACUACUACAGCAGUGUUUUGUUAGCAAAUGACAACAGAACUGGUGUCAUUUCUGAAGCAUGUAAGUUUGUAAAAGAUAUUGAAACGUUCAUGAAGAACAUAGAUUCCAUCAAAGGUUGCAGAAUAGAUGAAAACCACUUCGACUUAGAAAAAUAUAGCACGUUUUACUGCAAACAAGAUGUAAGAAUUUUAAGAGAAGGUUUUGUAAAGUUCCGCAAUGAUAUAUUGAAAGAGUUUGAUUUAAACGUUUAUGACUACGUUAGUAUUUGUUCUAUUGCUAACAAAUUGUUUGAGAACAGAGUGUACUUCCCGAAUGGAAAUCUUUAUGACCUCUCAAAUAAACCAAGAGAAUUUAUUUCGAGAUGCAUUCAAGGUGGAAGAUGUAUGUUGUCAGAUAACAUUAAACAAAAGAGCAAAAAGAAACUCAUUGCUGACUUCGACGCUGUUUCAUUAUAUCCAUCAGCUAUAGCAAGACUUUAUACUUUAGAAGGAAUUCCAAAAGUAUUGAAGGAUGAGAUGUUAAGCACAGAGUAUCUCAUGAGACAUUUAUUCGAUGACGACCAAAAGGAACCCAUUGGUGAAAAGUUUAUGUCUGGCUUCUUUGUUCUCAUUAAGAUAACAGAGAUUGGAAUACAUAGACACUUUCCUUUAAUAGUUUGUGACCCUGAACUAAAUCCAGAACUUAACGUUCCCAGAAGUUCAAACACUUGCUGUUUAAUGUAUGUUGACCAUAUAACAUUACAAGACCUCAUAAAAUAUCAAGGUGUCAAAUGUGAAGUGUUGCAAGGAUACUAUUACGAUGGAAACAGAGAUAUUAGAAUAAGAGAUGAAGUAAAGAAGUUGUUUGA